GACGCAAUGACGCCGACGUGCAGCUACAGACUGCGGUAUCCAUGAUGCUUGUGGAAAGCUGUUUGGCGCGCGGCUGUUCUAUGGCUGGGAAACAACGUCCCGGAAGCGGCAACGUCUGAUUGGCUCGUCUGCAUCCGCCGGUGGGAUGUCCCGUGCUGAGAAAUGCCACUCUGUGUCGGGGGGCGGGAUGCAACCCCCAGAGUCUGUGACCACAUCCCAACAAGAACAGGACCCCAAUAAAAGUGAGGAUGAUGUGGAACUGUGUGUCACUUUGGAUGAUCAGGAUUCGGAGGGGGAGGAGCAUAGGAGGAAGAGGAAGCGAGAAAAGGAAGAUGAGGAAGAGCGGAAAGAAGUGUGUGAUUUUGAUGAGACAUUGGACCAGGCGCUGGAGGAUCGAGCCAAGCAGCACAACCUGACAGCUGUCAAUGUGCGCAACAUUCUGCAUGAGGUGAUCACCAAUGAGCAUGUGGUAGCCAUGAUGAAAGCGGCUAUAACUGACACUGAGGACAUGCCCCUCUUUGAGCCCAAAAUGACCCGCUCCAAACUGAAGGAGGUGGUAGAGAAAGGGGUGGUCAUCCCUACAUGGAAUUUGUCCCCUAUCAAGAAAGUUACAGAAGUCAAGGUCCCCCAGUUUGUGGACAUUCACCUGGAGGAGGACGAUUCAUCGGAUGAAGAGUAUUGGCCUGAGGAGGGAGAUGAAGAUGAAACUGCAGAAGAGAGCCUGCUGGAGAGCGAUGUGGAGAGUACAGCUUCAUCGCCUCGAGGCCACAAAUGCCCAAAGGUUCUGCAACUGCCUGAGCCAGUAGGGAUAGAGGAGGAUGAAAGUGCAGAUGGGCAGCAGGAGGCCUCUGAUACACCUGGAUUAGUCAUGCACAUCGGUGCAGAUGUGGCCACUAUGGGGCCUCCGCCACCCCCAAAAUCCAAGCCUACACAGGACAGCACAUUUAUGGAGAAGCUACACGCUGUGGAUGAAGAGUUGGCCUUCAGCCCCAUGUGCAUGGAUUCCUACCAGUCGCUGGAUGAGAGCCUAAUUGCUUUCCGCACACGCUCUAAGAGGCCAUUGAAGGAUGUUCCUAUUGGGCAGCUAGAGGCCAAGCUGAAGGCCCCGGACAUCACCCCUGAUAUGUAUGAACAGAACACCGCUGAUGAUGAUGAAUGGAAAAAGUGGCUGAUCAGCUUGAUGGAAGAUGAUGUUGGUAAUGAAGAUGAAGGUGAUGAUGAUGAUGACCCAGAGUACAACAUCCUGGAGGAUCUCGAUGAACCCGAUACAGAAGAUCUCCGCAAUGACCGAGCUGUGAGGAUCACAAAGAAAGAAGUCAGUGAGCUGAUGGAGGAGCUGUUUGAAACAUUUCAGGAUGAAAUUGGCUUCUCUCAUGUGGACGAUGAAGGGCCCGAUGAGGACAGUAACCAGGAAGCCCAGCCCAAUUUCAAUACACCUCAAGCAAUCAGAUUCGAAGAGCCUCUUGCCAACCUACUCAAUGAGCAGCACCGCACAGUCAAGGCGCAGCUUGAGUUUCUGAGGUUGAGGAAAUUUCUGCCAAAGUCCCAACCCCAGGGGACAGAUGAGUCCACACCCGCCCCAGAGGAACCCAAAGCUCCUCCCCCUGCCAAGGCUGCCCCGGUCAUGUUCCUUGAUGUGUCACAGAGGAGGAGAUUGCAGCAGCAAAUGCAACAGCACAUCCAACUUCUGAGCCAGAUGCACCUUCUGACCUGCCAGAACCAGCAGCUGAGCCAGCCAGCGGAGCUCUCUCGCAUGUUUCUGAUGGAACUUUCCAGUUUUGCGGAGAAGUCCAUGAUGCACCAUCGCAUGACUAACCCACAGUUCCACAGCGCCUUCCAACCCUGGAACCUUAAGGAAGCUCUGCAGUUACUCCAUGACUUUCACCGACAGGUCCUUGAAGAGCGGUGCCCACCCAAGCCCCUAAAAAAAAAUGCCAGUGAGGCUACCAGCCUACCCAAGCACGUGGCAUGGAUCAUGGCUACACGUCCCCUCUUUAUGUACCCGGAGCUGCUGCCUAUCUGUGCCCUGAAGGAGAAAGGACCUCGGGACAGAGUGUACUUCACAAAGGCUGAGGACAAUUUGUUGGCUUUAGGCCUGAAGCAUUUUGAGGGGACAGACUAUUAUAAGCCCCUGAUCAGCAAGUACCUAGUGACGGGCAAGAGUGCCCAGCAGCUGACUGUGCGCAUAAAGAACCUGACCAUGAAAAAGACUCCGGAUAAUAUCAUUAAGUUUUACAAGAGGACCAAGCUUCUGCCAAUAAUGUUUAAAUUGUGUGAUGAUGCCCACUGGCGGGAUGCCAAAGCCCCGGUGGAGAGGGAGAAACAUCGGCUGCCAUAUUGGCUCAAGGCUAACCUGAGCAGCAUCGAGGAAGAGUUUGGGAAGUACAAAAAGGAGGUGCAGAAGUUCCCCCUAAUGAUACCUCCAGGCCUGCAGCUUAACUUGAAGCCCCUCCCUCAGCGCUUUCUGCACAGAACUUGGCGACAGAAGAGACCCUCCAUUCUAAAGCCCCUUCUCAUCCGGCCCAAUAGCAGCAGCACCAGCAACAACACAAACUUCCUUCCCAAAACGGUGACCAAAGUCUCAGGCCAAGACCCAUUCCCUAUUGGUUUAUAUACCAGGGUGCCCAGUCUGGUGCCACCUGUCGUGCCAGUGCAGGGAAUUCUGGGAAUACGUCCUGUGGAUGUGCCAGUGGGGUGUAAAUUUCAAGAAGUACGCCCCACAUCGCUCUGUGCCCCCAGACCCUCUCGUUUAAACCCUACGUCUAUUGCCCCUAUUCCUAUUGCCCCGGCCAAAGUGCUGCAACCUGCAAUGUUGAACCAAAGAGCCCGGAGACUCCUGGGUGGUAUGUCCAAAAGAAGGAGUGCCAUCCGAGGCCCUGCCUUUAAAUCUGCCCCCCUCGUUCAUUCUACCCCUGUUAUUUUUGCCGUACCGAGUACCACGUUAAAGCUGGUGAGUCUUGGGUCUCCAUGUGGUGUGAUACAGCCAAUGAGCAGCAGCACAGGAGUUCCAAUCACCACAUUACUGCUUAACCCCCCAACAAUCCCUCUGAGCCAGACCAUCGUCCCCUCCCCCCUCAACCAGACCCACCUCACUGAGCCAGAGAGCCAUGUUGACUCUACACAGGGUGACGUGCAAGGGCAAGAGGAGACCACUUUUAAAGAAGACGAUGAGUGGGACUGCGUCUCCAUUACUAUAAAGGUGAAGGAGGAGGGGAGCCUGGGCCCUGGGGGGCACGGAGACUGUGGGGGAGAAGGGACUUCAGCAAAAAAUGAUAUAAAAGAGGAGGAAGCCUCUCCGUGCUGCCCAGAGAAAACAUCCCCUGAAAAGAAAGGCUGCCCCUUUAAUCUAACACAAGUUCCACUGUUCCCAGCAGAACAGAAACCCGCUUCUGAAUGUGACCCCCUAGAAACAGAGCAACGAGAGGGGGCUCCAACUUGUGAAAAUGGCUCUGGACUGUGUGAGCAGCAGGUUGGGCAGGGGCUUCCGGAGGAGGGGUAUGGGACUGUAGGGGAUGGAUCUGGAGCCCAGGAGCCUUCAGGGUUCUCUGCAGGCCAGAGGCACAGGGGCCACACUAUGGGUGACAAAACCAAAGAGCAGGAUGGGAAUAGAGCCAGCACUUCACUUGUGCUCAAGGAGGAGGAGUCUGAUAAUAAGGAGGAAGAGAAGCCUGAAGAUGAAGCUAUGGAGGAAGAGGAUGGGGCCGAUGACACCCAGAAUCCCGAAGCUGCAGAGUCUCCUAAAAACACUUCCUCAUCCACAGAUGGAGAUAUGGACAUAAGCAGCCCGGCCGGGACACAGCACGAUUCUUCAAGCCCUUCAGGGCGACCUGAGAGUGGCAAUGACAAAGAUGGCGCUGAAGAGGAAGAGGAGGAAGACUUUGAUGACCUGACCCAGGAUGAGGAUGAAGAAGAAAUUUCCUCAGCCUCGGAGGAGUCUGUUCUGUCUGUGCCAGAGCUCCAGGAGACCAUGGAGAAGCUGACGUGGCUGGCAUCAGAGAGGCGACUGAGUCAGGAGGGAGACUCUGAGGAAAACUCCCAGGAGGAGAACUCAGAGCAGGAGGAGGAAGAGGAGGAGGAGGGUGAUGAAGGCAUUGAACGUUCCUCACAGAAAGAGGAAGAAAUGACAGAUGAAGUGACUGAAGGGGGGGCAGAAAGUGCCCAGAGUCACCUGUGCCCCCCAUUACCGACUCCUGCGCCAACGAGUGCAGUUCCUGCUGGUGAGAGGCGCAGAGGUGGGAGCAGGGGCCCCGGGUCUCACAGGGUCCGAAGCAGAAGGGGGCGGGCUCGAACCAGCAAAGAUGCCUCUAAAUUACUGUUGCUUUAUGAUGAGAACAUUCUGGCCAAGGAUCCUCUGAGGGCGCAGAAGGACAUGGCCUUUGCACAGUCGUAUCUCAACAGGGUGCGGGAGGCAUUGCAGUUGGUGCCGGGGAAGUAUGAGCAGUUCCUGCAGCUCAUUUACCAAUUUGAGAUGAGCAGGCAGGAGAGGACGGCCAUGGAUCUGUGUGAGAGGCUCCGGGCGCUUCUCAGGGACUGGCCACAGCUCGUCAGGGAUUUUGCUGCCUUUCUUCUCCCAGAGGAAGCCCUGGAGUGCGGAUUGUUUGAGGAGCAGCAGGCAUUCGACAAGAGCCGCAAGUUCCUCCGCCAGUUGGAAAUCUGUUUCAUGGAAAAUCCCGCGCAGCAUCAGAAGAUCAUCAGACUGCUGCAAAGUUGCGCAGAGUGCCCCUUGCAGGAAAUAACAAAGCUAAAGGCGCAGAUGUGGCAGUUGCUGAGGGGCCACAAUCAUCUCCAGGAUGAAUUCUCUCUGUUCUUUGAUCAGCUGAGGCCGCCAGCAAGUUGCCUCGGGGACUUUGAGGUCAUGCACUGGCCAGAAGAUAAAGACUAUAAGUUCGAUGGAUAUGAAGAGGUUACGUUGCCAGAACUGGAAGAGGAGGAAGAGCUGGGAAAGGCGGCGGCACCCCGGAACAAGAGAAAGAAGGAUGUGCACCAAGAAAAAGAGGCCGAGUGGCAGGACACAGUGGGAAAGGAGUGCCCGUGUUUGUACCAGGACAGCAGUGCAGAGCAGCGCAUGAAGCGGAGUAAGAGGAGGACGUGCAGCCAGUGCAACACUAAGGUGUGUGAAAGCCGCGCCCAGCGAACCAGAGAAGCUCCUGAUGCAACAGUAGGUGGGCCGCCCCGAUCUCUUCGGCAGGGUUCCAGCUUGAAGGAACUGGGUGAGUGUAACCAUGGAAACUAUUGGGUCACUGACCCACUGUAUACUGGGAGUCCAUCUCUAAGUUCUCUUGUCUCAGCUCCUGGCGAGGGCACUCUUCCACCGAGGGACACACAGGACAGACUUUGUGCAGAGCCGUCUGUAGGCCAGAGGGGCAGCAGUGAUGUCAGCGGGGCAGAUAGUAACAAAACUCGUGCCCCCACCCAGAGAGGCUCAUCUGCAUCAGACUGCACUUCCCUUGGCAAAGCCAGACUUGCCACCAGAGACUCCCCCCGCACUUCUGCCCCUCUUAGGAGUAGCCGCAGAUCUCUGUGCAUGAAGGAGCCUGAGAAACUGCCCAAUAGCAUUGCACCUUCCCUGGGGCUAAACCCCACGCUACCCAAUGUGAUUGAGAGGAGCGAAGUGUCCAUCAUUCCCAGCUCAUCUGGAAGCUCUGCCUCUGUUCCUCCUUAUCCCAAGCCCCUAUAUCCGAACAUCGACAAGAAAAGUCCUUCCCCCACCCUCGAGGAGCAAACCUCAACUAUGUGUGCCAAGAACAUCAAAGUCAGCUCCAGCGGAGAGAAGGUCAUUCUGUGGACCAGGGAGGCCGAUCGAGUGAUCCUCACAAUGUGCCAGGAGCGGGGGGCCCAGCCGGAGACCUUUGCUGCAAUUUCCAGGAGCCUGGGCAACAAGAGCGCAGAUGAGGUGUCGCGGCGCUUCCAGGAACUGGUAUUGCUUUUCCAGACGGCCUGUGUUACCAGCUCUGAUGAAGAGGAGGAAGCAGGAAGUACGACGGAAAUGCUGUCCGACCAGGAAGUGGAGGGCGAGGACUAGCCCAGUAAUUGUCUUGAAAGGAAGGACUUUUUAGGGGGGGGGGCUUGGACUUGUGUGUAGUGGGUGGGGUUACCGGGGUAUUAAAUGCUGCAGGAAUACUUCCCCUUUGUGUUACAGUGAGACAUUCCUGCUCUUUGCAUGGGGUUUUUAUUGUAAAUACAACCCUAUGUGGGGCAAUAGUCCAGUGGUGGGGCAUAUUCAGUCUCCACCCUGCUCUCAGGAAGCUUCGCUAGCGCCACACAUCAACCUGGCGCACUUCCUUAUAUAAGCCGUGCAACAGGGGCCCCAGGGACAGCGACAUCUGCAAUGUGGAAUCUACAGCUGCGGGGGAGGGGAAACAAGGGGAGGAGGUUACCCCAUCCAGCUACAAUAUUGGGGGGCAGUGAGAGGAAUGUGUUGCUAUGGUUACGUUCACUCUGUCUCGGGUCACGUGGGAAGAAAAGGAUUGUUGGAAGGUCAGGCUCAGGCUACAUGGGCUCUGCAGAACACUGGCCAAGCUGUAAGUCACAAGCCAAAUUAUUAGUGAGUGGGUGUGGCCUAACAUCCUCCUGCCUCUCACCUGCAGGUAACACGAGGGUUGGCAGCUGAGCUGCACGUAUGGAGCACCGACGGGGUUUUGUCCUGGGAGGGAGGGGUCUGGUGGAAACACAUUCUCAGCUCAGCCAAUCGGCAAUGCAUAAGAAAACUCCUGGGCCCAUAGUUACCUGAUGUGCUAGUCCUCAUGGGCCCCCUCACAACGACUGACUGGGAGAAGCUUCUGCUGCCCCCCAUAGCCAGUGAAACAUGUCCAUGGUGGGGCCACUAGAUAUGGCUAAUGGAUCCGUGAGGGAGGAAGCCACCAUCUUAACCUGAAACAGAAGCACUCACUGAGUGACACACAGCAACCCUCAGCUCACACUCAGUGCAAACACAAGCCCCACCCACUUACCUUCCUGCUGGACAAGUUGAGGGGUCAGCCAGUUGCACCAGGGUGAGAGCGGCACUGCCAUGAGACUGAGGGUGACACUAAUGAGCAGGUGGGUCAGGUCUCCGGCCCAGGUUGGAAGUGAGAGUGACAGGACAGAGAGCUGUGAUUGGCCAGAUGGGCAAUUCCCAUGAUGCAGUUGGUACAUGUGUAGGUCCUGGGGGAGGAGAAACACAGGGUUCCUGUGACACUUGCCCCCGGGCAGAGUAAAUACACCCCUUAUACUCACUCUUUCUGGGGCUGGUACAGGGUAUGUCCCACAGUUCAGAAUGCCCCGUCCAGGAAACUUAUCAUGCAGACAUCCUGCCGGUUUAGCUCCGCCUCCAUAGAAAAUGGAGUCUGUCCUCAAGCUCCUCCCCAUAUGCCUCUCCCUGGCCAAAUGCCUCCAACCCUUCCAUGUCGCUGCUGGGGGACAAAUCGAAUUAAGUGCUGCAUUACUUUAUUGUCCAAUUACAGAGUGCCCCGCCCCCAAGCCCACUCACUCUGCACAAGGAACCGCUUCCUAGUGGCCCUCGGGGCCCCUGCCCACCAGCCGCAAAACACAGGAAAUUCCCUCUCUAGUCAUUUAGACUGUAAGCUCUACGGGGUAGGGUGCUCCAAGUCCUUUACUUGAAUGUAAUUUUAUAUUUAUGUGAAUUGUAUUUCUAAUAAUUAUUAUUAUUA